GUCCUCUCUCGCCCUCCUCGCUGGAGUCCCCGGGUGACUCGUGGGACCCUGACCUCUCACCUUCUGAGCACCUGGCGGCCGCAGCGGGCGGCGCCCUUUGGAGCGGGGGCGGGCCCCAGGGGAGCGGGAUGGCCUGGCGCUGGCCCCCAGCAAUCGGCUCUCUCCGCCGGGGACGAUGGAAGCGACCGUGGCGCCCGGCGAGGUGCUCAUGAGCCAGGCCAUCCAGCCGGCGCACGCCGACUCCCGCGGGGAGCUGAGCGCCGGGCAGCUGCUCAAGUGGAUGGACACCACCGCCUGCCUGGCGGCUGAAAAACAUGCCGGGCUCUCGUGCGUCACAGCCUCCAUGGAUGACGUUCUGUUUGAAGACACAGCUAGAAUUGGACAAAUUAUUACCAUCCGAGCCAAAGUGACUCGAGCGUUCAGCACGAGCAUGGAGAUCAGUAUCAAGGUCAUAGUACAGGAGAAGUUCACUGGCGCUGAGAAGCUCCUCUGUGUGGCUUUCUCUACGUUUGUAGCUAGACCAGUUGGAAAAGAAAAGGUCCGUUUAAAACCGGUCCCUCUUCAGACGGAGCAAGACCAAGUAGAGUACAGUCUGGCAUCGGAGAGAAGGAGAGUUCGCCUGCAGCAUGAGGACACCUUCAACAACAUCAUGAAGGAGAGCAGUAGGUUCGACGAUCCCAUUUACAACGGUGAGAAAGGAACAGCCACCACCAUGGGCACCUCCGUUGAGAGCAUUGAACUUGUCCUCCCACCCCAUGCAAACCAUCAUGGAAACACGUUUGGCGGGCAGAUUAUGGCAUGGAUGGAGACAGUGGCCACCAUUUCUGCAAGCCGCCUGUGCCAUGGGCACCCCUUUCUGAAGUCUGUGGACAUGUUUAAAUUCCGGGGACCAUCCAAAGUUGGGGACCGCCUCGUCUUCAAUGCCAUAGUCAACAACACGUUUCAGAACAGUGUGGAAGUUGGGGUGCGCGUUGAGGCCUUUGACUGUCAGGAGUGGGCUGAGGGCCGAGGCCGCCACAUCAACAGCGCUUUCCUCAUUUACAAUGCUGUUAAUGAUCAGGAGGAGGUCAUCAUCUUCCCCAGAAUCCAACCCAUAUCAAAGGAUGAUGUUCGACGUUAUCAGGGAGCUAUCGCAAGAAGGAGAAUUCGCCUAGGCAGGAAAUAUGUUAUUUCCCACAAAAAAGAAGUUCCACUCAACACAAAAUGGGAUAUAAGCAAAAAGGGAUCCCUCAGUAAUGCCAAUGUGGAAGAUCUCAGAAAUUUGGCAUCCAAAAGUGGCUGGGAGAUUACCACCACCUUGGAGAAGAUCAAAAUAUAUACCCUGGAAGAACAAGAUGCCAUAUCUGUUAAGGUUGAGAAGCAUGUUGGCAGUCCAGCACACACGGCUUAUCAUCUCUUGUCCGACUUCACGACGCGACCUUUGUGGGACCCUCAUUACAUAUCCUGUGAAGUCGUAGACCAGGUGAGUGAGGAUGAUCUGAUCUAUCACAUCACCUGUUCUGUGGCAAAUGGAGACAAACCCAAAGACUUCGUUGUACUUGUGUCACGAAGAAAGCCUCUCAAAGAUGAUAACACUUACACUGUAGCAGUGAAGUCGGUUUCUCUGUCAUCGGUCCCGCCAUAUCCACAGUACAUCAGGAGCGAGGUCAUAUGUGCUGGGUUUCUCAUCCAGGCUGUGGACAGCAGUUCAUGCACUGUAGCGUACCUGAAUCAGAUGUCAGACAGCAUUCUCCCUUACUUUGCUGGCAAUAUUGGUGGCUGGUCAAAAUCCAUUGAGGAAGCUGCAGCUGCUUGUAUAAAAUUCAUAGAGAAUUCUGCUCAUGAUGGACUCAAAAGCGUGUUAUAGAUGGUCAGCUCUCAAUUACCUGUAAUUUAAUUUCCCAGGUUUAAUUCCAAGUGUCCUUAGCCCUUUCACUCGGCAGGCUUUGGGGCCAUACAAUGAUUUAAUGGCAGCCUAAGCAAGAUGCAGUUAAGAAGAUAUUAAAAACCAGCAUGUGUUCCGGUGAUUUGGAUUCAAACUACAAGACGUCUAAAACCCCACUGUACAGACAUUGGGAAAUUGCCUGGACGCAAUAUUGCAUGAUCUAUAAAAUGUCACAAAGUUAGUUAAAACUCUCAUGGACAUCUCCAAAUUACAGAAGUUCAAUGUGUAUUUUGCAAUGACAAGUUUAUAAAAUGUGAACAAUGGCAGGCUUUAAGCCCAUGGGUGUUUAACAUUGUUCCAUGGGCAGCAGAUGUCUCUGUCAGGGGUCUCUGAGAAGAUGUAUUCCAUGUUUUAGAACUUUAAAUUAGGAAGCAUUAAAACAUAAUGGAAUUCAAUCAAUUCUGGUAAUAGGAACUACUUUACUCUUGUCAUGUUCCAUAUAUUCCAGGUAGAUGGCCAAUUUAGUAUCUAUUUCUAUAUGUGUGCACACCAAGCACCUGUAAAGUGUGAUAUUACAAAGAGAAUAUUGACUGAGCUCUUCUUUAUGCGAUCCCAUUAGCACUUGAUCCCCUAGACCUCAACAUUUGUCAUUCUACACGAUGAUGGAUCUUAACCCAUAAGACAAAACAGAAUGUGUCUGGCCAGCCCCCUUCAAAGGAUGACUUUUCCAAAUUGAAGAUCUUUAGAGUUGAGAGCAAGAGACAGGCUCGGCCAUCCUGCUGUGAGCGCACCAGGUCUCUGCCUCCUCCCACUAGCCCCCUUGCAUAGUCUAGGCUGGUUACAAUUAUGUUUAUUUAUCUGUUUCAAGUUUUCCUGCAUGUGAGCUUUAGAAUGCAUUCUAAUUCUAUAAAUUACUACUUAUGUAUCAAAAGAGUCGAUUUGUGGAAUAGAACAUUCUAGAACAAAAAAGACUUCUGGAACUAUUUUACAUUCUAAAGGGUAACAGAAUUAGUGAUAAUGGGCUUAGAUUACACUACAACUUAGUGUGUGAAAAUUUCAGACUUCUGAUUGAAGACACUUCCAAAUGCUAUAUGCAUAGGCUUGGUCUUUGAUUUUAGUUCUUGAAAUGUUUUCCUGAACAGAAAUGGAAAUAUUGCGAGUAUCUUUAGCUGACUCACUUUGAGUCAUAGAGACGCUGUCUGCUCCGGUUUGCAGGGUCCACCUUACCCAGGAGGGACAGUAGCUACAUACACUCUCACCUAUUCUAGGUUUUUCCCAUAUCACAUACUUAUGAUGAGGCUUGGUUGAUAAGUUAGAGAUUUGCAAUAGCCUUUAAUAAAGUAGAACCAUCAUGGCAAUAUGCUAGAAUAAAAACUGUGAAUAUGAGCUCCCUCUCAAAAUGUCUUGCCAUGCUGAGCUUACCUUUCUCUUGUCUUCCUGAGAUGGGAAGAGAGGACAGUGUCUACAGGGGCAGAGAAGCUAAGCAGAGGUGAACUCUGUAGACACCGAGACACAGCAUUAGCUGCCACUGGCCUUCUGUCUUGAACACUGCAGUUUUGUGAUAGGAAUACUGAGUGUCACAGACAGGAAAACACGGUAGAUUCGCUGCAUGGGAAGAUGAUGGUUCAAUCUCCUGGCAGGACUAAUUUCAACACACUACACAGAAUGCUGCAUAAUACCGCUUACAAAUUGCUUAAUUCUAGAAUUUUCCAUUGACUAUUUCCAGUGGUUGACAGAGUGACAACCAGGCACACUGGGUUGGCUGGGUGAUAUGGGCAUAGUCCAUACUCACCAGCAUUCUCUGAUAUGACAGUCAUUAGCCUCACAAAUUUCUUAACAUUGAAUGAAUUUAAAGCAGUUCUUCAGCCACACCAGCCCCCUUUCACGUACUGCUGGUCACCCAAAGUUGGUGACUGCUGGAAUGGGAGGUAUGGGUGUGAAACAUGUCCAUCUUCAAGAUCUGUUCAGUUUGUUUCAGUCUUAUAACACAGGCAGGCCCCCCUGUUUUCCCAAUUUCACCCAACCUCCUGUCAAAGAAUUCCAUCUUCCUAAAGGUUUUGUCCUGUGCUUCUGAGCAGAGAUGUAGAGGCAUCUAUCUGGCUGCUUCAGGGUCACCCAGUCCAUCCUAUAUUGAAGUGUUCAAUUUUAGGAGCUCUUGUCUUUACAGACUUUGAAAGGGCAUGAUAUAGGAAAAGACAGCAGCAUGCUGGUGUCUUCUUAGGCUACUCCAAAACUAAACCUACUGUCCAAAACCAUGCUACAGUGCAUCUGGGUUAUGAAGCAAUAGCCCUUGGGUUUACAUUGUCCUAAAAACCUUUCUAUGACAUUUUAUUUAUUUGUUUUAUGUGUAUUCAUCAGAUUGGUGGGGGUGGGCACAUGCCACUGCACCUGGGUGAAGGUCAGAGAACAACCUGGGGGAGUCAGUUCUCUCCUUCCACCUUGUGAGCCCCAGGGCUUGAAAUAAAGUCGUUAGGUUUGGGGGUAAGCCCCUUUACCUAAUGAGCUAUCUUUGUGGGCCAUGCAUUUCCUCUUUAUUAUAGGAAAAUGUCUGCCCUUCUGCCAUUCAUACUACUGACAUCUUUUCUGGUAGGCAUUCUAUGCUCUGUGGUUUCUGCAAGGACUGGAAUGCACUUUUUAUAGCAUAAAUAAAAUGAAUAAAUAAUAUGCAGUGUUGGAAGGCCCACUGUCUGGGAAAAUAAAGCAGGCAAGGGAGAUGAGCUGGGAGGAUUGAUUUUUAGGGUGACUAGAGAUACUUGAGCAUAAACCAGACACACAGAGAGAGUGAUACAAAGACCUGUAGCUAUAGGAUAGGACCCCACCAAAGGGUCAGCCCUCGUCAGCUCCCAAGGACAACGCUUCUGCCUCAUUCUAGGAAAAAUGGAAAACCAAGUGAGCCUGCCACAGAGUGACAGAUAAUUAAAAACAGCAGAAUCUCAAGACAACAUUUCUCUCCCGUCUAGAGCCAGGCUCUAAGCAAAUGUGGACGUAAGGUAAGCCAUUAACUGGUUCAGCAGAUGUCAGCUGGCCAGGGGAUGGGGACAGGAAGUUGGGGAGGCUCUCAUCAGGUCCUAUCCCUAACUAUAGAAAGGGAUAUUGGUACAUGACAGUUACUCAGGGAGAGAGCGUCAUUCUUGGUUUUGUUUUUUUGUGGAGGGUGGGGGAGAGGAUGGCUACUGGCAAGUUGCCCAUGUCCCACGUCCCAUACCCUUGCACAUAUGGGCAGCACUAAUGGACUUAAUGGGCGAUUUAAAUUAAACAAACAAAAAAGGACAGGAAGCUGGGAGCGUUGUUGGGAGGGUUCAGGAGGAACUGGUUGGGGAAGAUGGGGAGGUUGGAUAUUAUCACCUCUUGUUGUAUAAUGUAUGAAAUUCUCAAAGACUACAUUAAAAAAUAAAGUUUUCAAGCUCCAAAAGGGAGUCACUUAAAUGCAGAUUUCAUUAGAAACAUGCUGCUUUUACAUAAUUAUAGAAACACUACAGAAAAUCACUAACUAGUCAUUAUUAUUCAGACAGAAAUAUUAACAAUUGAACAAGCAUUUAGUCUUUCAUUAUUAUGUAUCAAAUUCGUGCUCCAAUG